GAGUGACAUGUCCAAAGAUGAGCCUCUAUACUUCAGUAAUGAACCUGGACCCUCACACACAAAAGGUCAGGACCACAGACUGAGAGCAAAGUCUGCAGGGUCCAGCUGUCUGUCUCUGAAGAGUGACUGGUCAAUGGGACAUCCUCCUCUAAACUUCAGUAAUGAACCUGGACCCUCAUACACAGAGGAGAGGAAGAGGAGUCAUGUUUCUGAGGAGGAGCAGUCGUCCUGCUGUGCUUCGUGUCAGGACGUCCUGAAGGAUCCAGUCUCCACCAGCUGUGGACACUGGUUCUGCAGACAGUGCAUCACCUCAUACUGGGACCAGUCUGGUUCUUCAGGAGACUCCUCCUGUCCCCAGUGUGGACAAAGAUCCAGAACAGGAGCUGGAGCUCAGACAGCCGCAGAUCUUGGUCUGCAGGAGGUUUUAGAUGAACAUCAGGCAGCAUCAGAGUCGUCCUGA